AUGUCAUGUCGUUGGUCGGAAUACUUUUGUACAGGGUCAGCGGUUGACUCGUGAGUCAAGAAUAAAUUAUUUUGUUUUUAGUAAUAAAUAUUUGUUUAUAUAAAUAUUUAAGUAUUUAAUUAUUUAAAUAAAAUAUGAAGGAAAGAAUAAUUUCAAAUUGUGAAGAGAUAUUUAUCAAGAACACCAUUAAAGAAAACCUUAGGAUAGAUGGACGAUCCCUUGAUGAAUUUCGUGGACUUGAAAUUAAUUUCGGAGGAGAAUUUGGUAGUGUGUUUGUCAGUUUAGGCGAAACAAAAGUUGUAGCACAGGUUACGUGCAAUGUGACGGAACCUAAAGCGAUUCGUCCCAACGAAGGACUGCUCUUUAUAAAUGUAGAACUUGGACCAAUGGCAUCAAAUAACUAUGAGUCUAAACGUGUUUCUGAAAAUAGCAUCCAAUUGAACCGAAUACUGGAACGUGUAUUUAAGGAUUCAAGAUGCGUUGAUUUGGAAUCUUUGUGUAUUUUGUCUGAAGAAAAAGCAUGGAAUUGUAGAGUCGAUAUCAACGUGUUGAACCACGAUGGAAACGUGAUUGAUUGUGCUUCUGUAGCUUGUUUAGCCGCACUCGCGCAUUUCAAACGUCCUGAUGUAACCUUAAGUGGAACAAAUGUUGUGGUUCACUCAUUCAGUGAGAAAGAGCCAAUUCCUCUAGUUUUACACCAUUAUCCUGUUUGUGUUUCAUUUGCAUUGUUCAAUAACGGAAAACUUGGAGUAGCAGAUCCAACUUCAAUAGAAGAAUGUAUUUCAGAAGCUAAUUUAGUUUUGGGAAUCAAUACAUACAAAGAACUUUGUGGAAUGCAUUUAGGUGGAACUACAUUAACUAGCUCACAACUUCUUCUCAGAUGUGUGAAUAAAGGAGCUGAACGUGCUAAGAUUGUUGUAGAAAUGAUAAAAUGUGCUAUUGAGAAGGAUUCCGAUGCUAGGAUUAAUGGAAAUAUUUCUAGCAUGUCAGAAAAAAUACACCAUAGAACAAACGCAUUACUGUGGAAAAAACCGUUGGCGAUAAAAUUAAGAAAAUUCCAGAUAAACAUAAAUUCAGAAACAAAUGAUUAUACGGAGGAAUCAAAGGUAAAUUUAAUAAGAGAAAAUACGGCCAUUUUGAUCCCCGAAACAAAAUCAACUCAAUGGAUAAUGGACUCAAGUUCGUCAGAUGAAAAAGAUGUGUAAUGCAUUUCCAAUAAAGAUGAAAAAAAGAGUUCGAA